UAUUUAAUGCACCACCCAGAAACUUCUCAGCAACAAAAACUGCAGACAACAGCAACUAAUCUGGGAAAUAUUUAGAAAAUCAACAUGACUGUGUGGUACAUCCUCAGUUUUCUUUUCAUGCAGACAUCAUUUGGACUUCAAGGUCAGCAUAUUUUACAGCAGAGUUCUAUGUGCCAAAAAGACAUUCCAGCUGGAGAUUUCGGUUUCUAUUUUGAUGGUGAGGAAAUAUUUUACGUGGACCCAGAGAGCAAAGAAGUCAGAUUUAGACUCCCAGAGAUGGAGCAAUUUUUUACCUUUGAAGCUCAAAGUGCUUUGCAUCUCCUUGCUGUCUGCAAGGAGAAUUUAGAUGUGUUAAUACAAUGGACGGAAAGGAAAUCUGGUCCAACAGUACCACCACAUGUGGAAGUGUACCCCAUACAACCAGUGCAGCUUGGAAAGCCCAACACCCUCAUAUGUUCUGCAAAUGGCCUCUUCCCUAGUGUCGUUAAUAUCACCUGGUCAAAGAAUGGAAUUCCAGUGGAGGAAGGAAUUCAGACAACAGAUUUUUACCCCAGGAAGGAAUUUACAUUUGAAAGGUUUUCAUACUUGACUUUCAUCCCAGAUGAAGAAGACAUUUACAGUUGCACUGUGGAGCACCCAGCCUUUGACAGGCCAGACACGGUGUUUUGGCCUUAUUCCUCUGGGCUUGGGGUCCAUUUUCAGUGGAGAUCUGAGGAGAAAAGCUCCACGAACACAAGAUAA